ACAAAGGCGAAUGAGAGACACAAAACAAAUCACGAUUUGUGUAUAAGCGGCGAAGAAAAAAUUUUCCAUAAUUUUGUAAAAAGCUAAGAAAUAAAAAAAAAUGUCAUUAGGUAAUGAUGAUGACAUGGAUUUGGCGGAUAGAAUGCUGCUGGCUAAGCCCAAGUUCCUAAAAUCUAUACAUGGAGGCGGGGAUAAUGCCAGUGUCGCCUCGAUGCCACUAACAACGGCGAAUGGUGACAAAUGCUAUGAAACGCCCAUUUUCAGUAAACGGGAAAUGACCCUACGCAUACCCAAGGAAUACAAUGGAAAUCUUACCCAUUUAGUGGUGUGUAAAAAUUGGAUGGUAUGCCUCUUGGCAGCACCACCGCCUUCCUCACAGGUCACACUUUUUCGUUUCUUCUUGCCCAGAGUAAUGCCACCGGGAGAAAUUUCCUUGGAAAAAUAUUUGGCUGGCUAUAAAAUUGGCAAAUUAUUUCUGGAUUAUACCGGACAUCACAUAUUGGUUAGCCUGAUACCCAAAUCUCCUGGUCUUUCGGCUGAUUUCCUUUAUAUACAUGGCAAUGGUACAAAGGUUAGACGCAUAGAGAAAUUCAAGGAUCAUGAAAUAACAUCGGUGGCCUUCAAUUAUGAUUUGGGCAACGAGUCAACCACCGGUCCUAUACUACUGGGCACCAGCAAAGGAUUGAUAUUUGAAACGGAGUUAACUUUGGAGGCAGACAAACCUUUAUAUCGCAAACAGGUCUACGACGUGGGUCUGGGAAGACCAAAAUAUGAUGUAACGGGUCUUGAGUUUCGCCAUGUACCCAACGCACCCAAUCAAUAUAUUGUGGUAGCCACAGCAACUGAUUGCAUACUCACAUUCCAAGGCAAUUUGCGAACAGAAGAAAGAACUCUACAGCCCAUAUUCAACGGCUAUAUCAAUGGUACACAAUCACAUGGCUACGAGGUGGCAAAGACUGAUAUGAAAUAUUCGGUCUUGCAACUGAAUGGAGAACCCAAUGAAAAGUAUCCCACACAAUGGGGUUGGCUAUGUGGUUCCGGUUUAAGGCACGGUGAGGUGGCUCAAAGUUCGAUUAAAGAUGAAAAAUUCUUGCUGGAGGAUCAUCUCAUACCCUUGGAUAAGGAUUUAGAGCAACGUAAACAUUUAUCCUAUGAGGAGAAACGUCUCAAUGUCCCUAAGGCAUUUGUGCUCACCGCCUAUCAUGUUCUACUUAUGUAUCAUGACCACGUUACCGGUAUAUGUCUACUCGAUCAGUCCAUUGUCUAUGAGGAGUAUUUCACCGAAAAGAGUGGUAAACUUUUGAACAUACACAAAGAUCCCUUUACCGGUGUCAUUUAUUUGUGCGCCGAAAAAAAGGUUUUCAAUUUUAAAGUGGACGAGGAACGCCGUAAUAUCUGGCGCAUUUAUUUAAAUAUGGGCAUCUAUGAUAUGGCUGAAAUACAUGCUGCCAAUGAUGAGGAAAAUCUCGAUACUGUUUUAAAAUCAAAAGCCCAGGCUUUGUUUGAUGACAAGAAAUACGAAGAGGCCGCAAAAAUUUAUGCUGAAACUCAAAUGCCUUUUGAAGAGGUUUGCUUAAAAUUUAUAGAUUUGCCAGAGAAGCGACCCAUCAUCACAUAUGUGCAGAAACGUUUGGAAACAUUGUCGCCGGAGGCCGAUGAACAGCUCUUUGUUCUGGUGGCUUGGCUUAUCGAUCUUUAUUUGACCGAAAUUAACUAUCCUGGACGCAGCAAGGAGGAAAAACACAAAUGGCAAGUUGAAUACGAUGAGUUCAUGUUGAAUUUCUCAGUUAUCAAGUGCUACAGAGCAAAUCGUACCGCCAUACAAGACCUAAUAACUCAACAUGCGGACGACCAUAAUCUAGCCCAAUUUGCCAUAGCCAAUGAAGAUUACGAUGAGGUGUUGCAGCAGCAUAUAGAAGCCGAAAAAUAUCUACAAGCUUUGCAUAUCUUGCAACAGCAAAAAAAUAUUGAAUUGUAUUACAAAUACUGUCCCACUCUAAUUGAGUAUCUGCCCAAAGAGACCAUUGAGCUAAUGAUGUCCCAAGGGCGUAAAUUGAAUGUUCAAAAGCUUAUUCCCACCAUCACCACCAUCGAUUCGCCUGUGCACAUAGCUGAAAUUACCAAAUAUCUGGAGUAUUGCAUUUAUAACUUGGGCGAAACCUAUCAGGCAAUACACAAUUUUCUACUACGCCUCUAUGCCGAGCAUCAACCGGGCAAGGUUAUGGAAUAUUUGAAAAAUGAAGGGCAAGACAUAACCCUGGUGCAUUACGAUGUUAAUUAUGCUUUGCUGAUGUGCAUGGAUUUUGGCAUACAAAAGGCUUGUGUGUUUUUGUAUUCAUUGCAAAAACUUUGGCCAGCAGCUGUAGAUUUGGCUUUAACAUUCGACAUUAAACUGGCAAAGGAGACGGCAUCGAAGCCGAGAGAUGAAAAGGUGAAAACGAAAUUAUGGCUGAAAAUAGCUUACCACGAAAUAAAGGAUACUAAUGAUGUUAAGAAAGCGUUGGAUCUUUUAAAGGAAUGUGACUUGCACAUUGAAGAUUUGUUGCCAUUUUUCUCGGAUUUUGAAAAAAUCGAUGAUUUUAAAGAACCAAUUUGUCAAGCUUUGAAGGACUACAACCAUAAACUUCAAGAACUUCAACACGAUAUGGAAGAUGUCAGCAAACAAGCCGAACGAGUUCAAAGUGAUUUACAAAAUCUACGCGAAAAUUGCAUUCGAAUUGAAGUGCAUGAACAAUGUAAUUGUUGUGAGACAUAUUUAUUGGUAAAACCAUUUUUCAUUUUUGCCUGUGGCCAUAAAUUCCAUGCGGAUUGUUUGGAAAAAUUAGUAGUGCCCCACCUUUCCUCUGAACAAGCUCGCAAAUUGACCAUGCUAAAGCAACAACUGGAGAAUAUGUUGGCACAAUCGGCUGCUAUGGCGGACAAAUCAAAUGAAUCGCAAUACAAGAGAGAAAAGGUAAAACAAGAAAUUGAAGAAAUUCUAGCAGCUGACUGUGUUUAUUGUGGCCUAAUGAUUGAAACAAUCGAUCAACCAUUUGUUGAAGAUUGGGAUCAAGUAAAUGUUGAUUGGGAAUAAUGAAAAUGAAUUCCAAUAAGACAAAUUGGAUUAAAUGACAAUUUAAUGAUAAUAUUAUGUCGCUUUAAGUAUUCCUAAUUUAACAAAAAAAAUUGUAAAAUUAUAGACUUUCGUUUUGGUUGUAAAUUAAAGUGUAUUAUGCCAUUUAUCAUUAUUAUUUAUAAUUCAAUUAUAUCAAACCUAAAGUUUAUAUACAUCCAUAUAUAGUUUGGGUUUAACUUUCAGCCCUUUGAAGGUUCAGAAAUCUAAAGUAAAUUUGUUAAAGAUGUUUGUUGUGUUUUUAUCCCCGUUCGCUGAAAAUGUACAAGUUAAUUCAUUUCGAGAUUAUGCUAACUCCCCGUUUGUCUCCAGGUCUAGCUCCAGUGGAAAGGUUGUCCAUUUGAUAGAAGCGGUCCAUAGGAAUGCUGCAGUUAGAUUAGUUGGUUUGUCAUAUAAAUAUUAUGGGAGCCUGUGUUGCAUGCAGGGCAUACAUCAGGGAUGGUAUCGUCGUAACCUCGAGCGAUACGAGCUUAGUUUCAAUUAGACCAGAGUAGCUCUGACUUUUCUGGGUAGAUUUUUCUCGUAAUCUGC